AUGGAUAAUAAUGACAUAAAACAGUUAAUUGUCCUUAAAAGUGAACGAUUUUUUCAACAUAUUGAAGAACAUGACGAAAAAUUGGUAGAAAAAAUUUUACGUUAUCAUGAUAUUGACAGUUAUACGAUUUUGAGUCAAGUUGAUCAGCAAGCAAUGAUUAAUCUAUUUGAAAUACCAAAUGAUGAGAAUUGUACGAAUGAAUUAAUUGAUUUAAAAAAGGAAAUUUGUAAUAUUUGUCAAGAUUCGAUUACAUUGAAAUUUGGAACAAAACAUAAAAUUAUUUUACUAUCAUCAUCAUCAUCAUCAUCAUCAAGUUACAAUAGUGCUAGCGACUGUGAAGCUAGUUUUGAACAUGAUCGAACAAAACUUUAUCUAAGAAAUCGUCGCUUUCAACUGUCAAAUUUUGUUAAACACUUAAAUGUUAUUAAAAAUGUAUCAACGUCGUUUACAAAUAAUUCAAGUGAAGAACCAGAUGAUCGAGCAACAGAGGUUAACAGAAGUCUGUUCACGAAUGUUUCUUUAUCAUGUGAUGUUUGA